AUGUCCACCCGCAGGGUCCGUGAGCCAGACAAUUUGCGGAUCAAAAUCAUCCGGAUCCACGACAAUGGGGGGUUUAUCAUCGGUCAUUACUGUGCCUCUGAACCUGUUCAGCAGGAGGGAUCACUGAAGGGAAAGACCUGGGCGCUCGGAAAAAUGAAAAACAUCGACGACGGCGAAGCACAGCUCCGGGAAUGGGAUUAG